AUGAACGGCGCCCUCACGUCAGCAGCUGCUGUGCUUCGCGACGCAGAUCUGAGGCCCGGGAGGAAGAAUCCACAGUGGUCUGGUCGCGUGCAAAUGGAUCCCGGUGACACACUCCCCACGACACUCGAGUCUAAAUCAAUGACGCUCGAGCCCUUUAUCAGCGAGGACUGGACGCUUGGGCCGGGCUUGUCCUUCGUAUUUGAUGUGGGAGGCAUCUAG